AUGUCUUCCGUCUUGCCUCCAGUGGCUAUGGUCACUUCUGUGAAUGCAGCGACCACCAUCGCCGAUCGGUCUCAGGAGACACGUCAGACACCGUUACAACAGUAUCAUGCGAGACUAUCUCAACACCUCAACGCACUUUUAUCAUCUACCGCCGGAGCGAGACCGGAUACGGUUGCUCCUCCAGAUCCAUCGUCUUCUCACUCUUCAGCAGCUUCCUCCGCAUCUUCUUCAAAAGGAGCUCAGACACAUCGACCAGUACCAAUGACUCAAGCCAGCUCAAGUCAUACAACAACGGUCCAUGCUUCAUCAUCUAAAGUCCCUACUCCACCCACUGCUGCUGCUGCGACCCCGACCAAUGCCAUUGCGUCCUCUUCUGCCCCACGAUCACGGCAUCGUCGUGAUACCGCUUCGUCCCGUUCACGCCGCUCUUCUCACCCCUCUAGAUCCUCCGACGCAGCUUCACUCGACGUCCAUGAUGAUCCACCCUCUGAUCCGGAACUCACCGCUAGACCGGAUAGACAUCCACCCAUCCUCGCCCCUUCAUCUGCGGACCAUUCACCCCAGGAAGACAGCUCUGAAGCCUCUGUCCCACCACCUCUGGUCCACCAACUUUCGUCUUCUCGAUCAGGAACAACCGAAGCCAUUCCAUCACCUCAGGAUCCUCUCAGUCCACCCACCUCCAACUCACCCGUCGAACAGAAGUCUAAGGAUACUCCGAAUGAAUCGAGCGGGAACGGUGUCGAAUUGGACCAGUUCGACAGCAGAGAGGAGGAGCAUCGACGAGCUUGGAAAAGUGAUGGAGCUAGAGUCUGGAAAUCUAUACCGACAGGCUUCAAACUCAGUCUCGACAAACGGUCUCGGAGGAGUUCGGAUGGUAGUCGUGAUGGAGCAGAGAGGGAGUCGAGGGAAGGGAUUAAAAAUGACAGAUCCGGCCUCGUACCUUCUGCCCGAUCUCCCUUACCACCUUCCAGCUUAUCUCAGGAGAGCUCGCCCGGCAUCUCUCCAGGUCAAAAGAGCUUUAUAAGCUCACCUCAUUCGCAUCAGAAUAGCGCCAAGUUGCACUCCACCCCAGAAUUCAGAAUCACCAAUGACCCGGAUCUAGCCGCAAAGAUGGGCCUGAUAGUCUCUACGCCCCCAGUGCCCACGACUCUGUCACCUCCGAAAUACAGUUAUGGAAAGACUGUAUCGCAUAUUCAGCCUGUCCCAGUAACGAAACCGGACGUCUUGGCCGACAUCAACGGACGACUCAAGUUGCCCUUGGAAAGUUCAUCCAAGCAAGUCCCGCGCUCUGGCACUGGAAAGGCUAUGCUUGACAAGACUGGUAACACACCACCGCUACCUUCUGGGCCGACCGUCGUCACCUUAGGUCCUGCGUUUUCCGUACCGAGAUCAAAACUCCUGACCCCGGAUGCAACGACCCCGAAAGAACGUGCAAUGCUCUCGCCAUCCACGAGUCACGGUGGAAAACGGUCCAAACAGCAAAAGAUUGAUAGUCUCAAGGACAUCGCGGAUCACGCAGAAGAGGCAGAUACAGAGUAUCAUGCGAGGAGAGAGCAGCGGCUCAAAAGACGCGAAGCUGAUCUCAACAGACGAGUGAGGCUGUGGGCUAGUGCGGUCAAUAUCGUAGAUCGGGCGAUUCCCGACAUUGACCCUACGCCACCUUCGCCUUCGCUGGCGACCGCUCAGAUGAUGGCUUCUCCACUGGUACCUGUACCUCAAACACCAGUCCACGAGCGAUCCAAGUUGUCCUUUUCUGUCAUUUGUGAUGCUCAAUCCACCGCCACUUCAUCCUCGACCAAGUCAUCUGAACGAGAACGCAGACGUCUCAAGACCAAAAAGUCUCGCGAAUCGCUCCACAAGCGCUCUUCCUCUCCGGUUCCACAGAUGCUUGCCGAGGCGGUACCUCUUCUUCCUGCCACCUCAUCCGAACGCCAGUCUCCUCUCCCUGAUCGAUUUGUCCUUGGACACGCUCCGCGACCUUCCCUCAAAGGCAGCAUGUUCACCUAUUCAACCAGUUUCAACGAUUCGCAUCGCCGAAUGCGGGCCAUCGACGCAUUACUCGGUGACAUGUCGCUUCGAGGGACCAACCUCAACCCGUCAAGCUCUACCAAUACGUUCAAUCCGGGUGGAUCGACGAUGCAUCUAGGAGCCUUCGGCACAGAUAGCGAAGACACUCCGAGGAGAGCAUCUCAGUCGAAAGAAGCGCCCAGUUCGCUCAACCCUCAAACUCAUUCUAGAUUAUCGAGUCAAGAAAGGAAAAAUGAAGAACGACCGACGCGAGCGAGAGAGAUUAUGAAAUUGACAGAAUUUUCAGAAUCGUUCGACCUGGUGACUGGAGCGGGAUUGGGCAAUGGGCACCAGUUGAGAAAGUCCAACUGGGAGGUUAGGUGUGGUAUGCCGACACCUAGACCCAGAGGCGCCGGCGUGAUGAGUUAUGCGGAUCUUUAG